AUGCCUGUCCAGCAACAGCAAGGCCGUCAGCAAAACACCAACCUUUUGAUCCACGAUAUGUUCCGCGGCGGCGACGACACAACUGUUCACUGGGAACCAACUUCUCAACCAGCUGCUGUUGCGUGGCCUGUAGAAUGUCUUGUGUCUCGUGAAGCCAAGCGCCACUGUAUAACACAACAAGAUGUAAACAACCUCGUGGACUUUGGCAGCCUUAAAUACGCGGAUAAGAUCAAGGAUCGGCUCGUCUGUCCCAUAUGCAUUGGCAUUUUUAUGUUCCCUGACACAAACCUUUUGCUCAUCUUCCUCUACGAGCUAUGGGCUCCAGAGCCAAUUGCAAUUGGGUUCAUUGGCCUUCGCUCAGCGGGCAAAACGACGAUUGUGCACAAACUAAGCGGGAACCAAGAGCCAGCGAUGCCAUCUGUCGAAAGCGAGUCUCCCUUUCCUACGACUGUCGAGAUCACUCCUGUGUUCCAGGGAAACCAACAGUUCAAACUCUUCGAUUACGCUGGAAACCCUCACUGGAGGCCAUGUUGGAGAAGUUUCAUGUCCAGGCUCCGAGGCGUCGUGUUUGUUAUUGACAGCACAGACAGGGAGGCUCUACAGGAAGCAAAAUUGGAAUUGGUCGGACUGUUGAAGGAAGAAAUGCUUGAACAGCAGCCAUUUUUGGUGCUUGCUAAUAAGCAGGAUGAUCCAAAAGCCAUGAGCGCCGCGGAAUUGACUGAAUAUCUCGAUAUACAACAUUAUCUUGACAAAUCAUCGAAAUGCCGCGUUCAGCCCACGAGUGCCUUGACCGGGGAAGGGUUGGCUGCGGGUCUGGAGUGGGUGCGAAACGCAUUAAGAGAGCAUCGCGAAUGA